GUAAAUCUGGACAGCUCCUCCCCUCACUUCCUCUCUUCCUGUUUCUCAACAUCCUGGCUUAGUAUUGUGUGCAAAAUCAGAGAGGGGUGCAAGAUCCUGAUUUUUCAGGAGUUCAAGCGACAAUGGCAGCCCAAUACGGCAGUGUGAGCUUCAACCCCAGCACACCAGGGGCCAGUUAUGGGCCUGGAAGGCAAGAGCCCAGAAAUUCCCAAUUGAGAAUUGUGUUAGUGGGUAAAACCGGAGCAGGAAAAAGUGCAACAGGAAACAGCAUCCUUGGCCGGAAAGUGUUUCAUUCUGGCACUGCAGCAAAAUCCAUUACCAAGAAGUGUGAGAAACGCGGCAGCUCAUGGAAGGAAACAGAACUUGUCGUAGUUGACACACCAGGCAUUUUCGACACAGAGGUGCCCAAUGCUGAAACGUCCAAGGAGAUUAUUCGCUGCAUUCUUCUGACCUCCCCAGGGCCUCAUGCUCUGCUUCUGGUGGUUCCACUGGGCCGUUACACUGAGGAAGAGCACAAAGCCACAGAGAAGAUCCUGAAAAUGUUUGGAGAGAGGGCUAGAAGUUUCAUGAUUCUCAUAUUCACCCGGAAAGAUGACUUAGGUGACACCAAUUUGCAUGACUACUUAAGAGAAGCUCCAGAAGACAUUCAAGACUUGAUGGACAUUUUCGGUGACCGCUACUGUGCGUUAAACAACAAGGCAACAGGCGCUGAGCAGGAGGCCCAGAGGGCACAGUUGCUGGGCCUGAUCCAGCGCGUGGUGAGGGAGAACAAGGAAGGCUGCUACACUAAUAGGAUGUACCAAAGGGCCGAGGAGGAGAUCCAGAAGCAAACACAAGCAAUGCAAGAACUCCACAGAGUGGAGCUGGAGAGAGAGAAAGCACGGAUAAGAGAGGAGUAUGAAGAGAAAAUCAGAAAGCUGGAAGAUAAAGUGGAGCAGGAAAAGAGAAAGAAGCAAAUGGAGAAGAGACUAGCAGAACAGGAGGCUCACUAUGCUGUAAGGCAGCAAAGGGCAAGAACGGAAGUGGAGAGUAAGGAUGGGAUACUUGAAUUAAUCAUGACAGCGUUACAGAUUGCUUCCUUUAUUUUGUUACGUCUGUUCGCGGAAGAUUAAACUUAAUGAAAAUCUG